AUGGAGGUCAAUGAAACGUUGCAUGUAGUGACCCAGCUCAAUCCGGAUGCUCUUUCAAUCGCUAAAGAGCUAGAUGCUCAAAGAGCGCAAGGAGAGAUUCUUGGUCCGUUGCAUGGAAUCCCCAUACUGAUCAAAAACAAUAUCGCCACAGCAGACAAGAUGGACAACACAGCUGGAUCUUAUGCUUUAUCUGGAGCGAAAGCUCCUAGGGAUAGUACUAUGGCGGCGAAACUCCGACAAGCGGGAGCUAUACUUUUGGGCAAAACAAAUCUGUCCCAAUGGGCUAAUUACAGAAGUUUCAAUACAAGCAACGGCUGGUCUGCCUUAGGAGGACAAACCCAAGGUGCAUACUAUCCUGGUCAGGAUCCUUCAGGUUCAUCUUCAGGAAGUGGUGUGGCCAGUUCAAUAGGUCUUGCUCUUGCAUGUCUGGGCACGGAAACUGAUGGAUCAAUUCUUUCACCCUCAGACGUUAACAACCUUGUGGGAAUCAAACCCACCGUCGGAUUAACCUCAAGAGACCUCGUCGUUCCUAUCUCGGAGCACCAAGACACUGUAGGGCCUAUGGCACGUACAGUCUUGGAUGCUGCUUAUAUACUGUCAGCGAUUGCGGGAAAGUCUUCCUAUGACAAUUAUACCGAUGCUAUACCUUUUGACAGCAUACCAAACUAUGUGGCAGCCUGCAGUUUCUCGGCACUUCGUGGGAAACGCAUUGGAGUUCCGCGCAAUGUUAUCGACCUCUCGAGCGAUAACUCUUCUGCACCAAUUGUUGCUGCAUUUGAUGAUGCUCUCAAUAUCCUACGAUCAGCCGGCGCUAUAAUAGUUGAGAACACGAACUUCACGGGAUAUCAAGCGGCAAUUGAAAAUCCAUUCAGCAGCGUCGUGCUUGAAGCGGAUUUCAUAAGUGAUCUCCCAAAGGAAUAUCUUUCCCAGCUGUCUUCAAAUCCCAACAAGAUAUACUCAGUGGCUGAUCUCCGCAAUUUUACCCAAUCGUUCUCUCUUGAGGACUUUCCUGAGCGGGAUACUAUGAUCUGGGAUGAAGCAAUCGAGCUGGGUUUCGACAACACAUCUCCCGAAUUUUGGUCGAACUACACUCUCAACAGAUACCUGGCAGGUCCACUAGGCGUGACAGGGGCUUUGACAAACUACUCACUCGAUGCACUCGUCUUACCCACAGGAUUUGCCUCGCAUUUCCCUGCGUUGAUCGGAUCACCUGCCAUCAGUGUUCCAUUGGGGUCAUAUCCUGCCAACACGGAAGUCAUCACCAACUCUUUCGGGAAUUUGAAUGUAACAGCACCAAACAUCCCGUUCGGAAUCAGUUUCCUGGGCGCCCACUUCAGCGAGGAAUUGUUGAUUGGUCUUGCCUAUGCAUUUGAGCAAAGAACGCUGGUUAGAAAUACAAUAAUACCAUACAUCCAGCCCACCACCGAGUUGGUCGAUAUCAUCAACGCGAGGAAGAAUAGAGUACGGGAGUGA